AUGUCAUUUCAAGAAAUACCAAUCAUUGAUUUAAAAUCAGCUCUCGAUCCUGAGACCAAACCUCAAUUUUUAAAAGAUUUAAGACAUGCAAUUAUUAAUGUGGGAUUUUUAUUAUUAAAGAAUUAUGAAGUAUUUGGACCUAAUGAACAAGAUUUCAAAGAUAUCAAACAAGAAACAUUGGAUUUCUUUGCGUUGCCAGAUCAAGUUAAAUUAGAUAUUGAAAUGAUUAAAUCUCCUCAUUUCUUAGGAUAUUCAAGACUUGCUAAUGAAAUUACUUCCAGUCAUACUGAUUGGAGAGAACAAAUUGAUUUAGCUACUGAAUUACCAGGUCCAUCUAAAAAUGAUCCAAUUUAUAAAAACAUUGAAGGACCAAACUUAUGGCCCGAUGAAAAAUAUAUCCCUAAAUUCAAACCUACUAUUUUAAAUUAUAUUGCAAAGAUGACUCAUUUAAGUCAAGAAUUCAGAUAUUUAGUAUUAGAAUCAAUUGGAUUGGAUAAACAUUCCUUAGAUGUAUAUUUUAAACCUAAUCAACAAUGUAAAAUGAAAUUAGUGGCCUAUCCGGAUUUAAAUGAAUUAAAUGGAAAACAAUCAGUGGUAUUAGAUGAUAAACCAACUACUCAACAACAAGGAGUAGGACCUCAUUGUGAUUCUGAUAUUUUAACCUUUAUUUAUCAAGUUACUCCUCAUGAAAAUUCCUUACAAGUUCAAAAUUUCCAAGGGGAUUGGAUUUCAGUACCUAAUAUUCCUAAUACAUUAGUAGUUAAUGCAGGUCAAACCUUAGAAGCUAUAACUCAAGGAGUUUGUAAAGCUACAAUUCAUAAAGUUUUAAUUCCUCAACCUGGAAGUGGAACCCGAAUCUCAAUUCCAUUUUUUCAAACCAUUGAUCUUGAUAGUCAUAAAGAUAUAGUAGCUGAUAUUCCAGCUGAAAUCAUUAAAUUGACACAAGAAAGAGAUACGAACAUUAAGAAAUGGGGUCAAGAUAUUGGUUUCCAAUAUAAACCUGAUAUAUCAAAACAUCCAGUAGGAUAUGCUGUAUUUAGAAAUAGAAUUAAAUCUCAUCAAGAUGUUGCAAAAAGAUGGUAUCCUGAAAUCUUGAAGCAAGUUUUACAAGAAUAUAAAGAUUAA